AUGAUCUUCCUCAACCUCGCUCUAGUGGCAGCCUUGGCCAUCGAAGGAGUGGCGGCUGCCAACUCGCCCACCCUCACCGUCCCCAAGGUCAUUGUCGGACGUUUUAUGCCGAUGGACUGGGGCUUUGUCCAGCGUUCGCCACUUGCCCAUGUCAUGGGACCCGUGUCAAAGCGUGCGGCAUUGGCAUGCCCCACAGGCUUCACCGCGUGUAACAGCUCCUCUUCUUGUGCACCAGACGGCUCAGUGUGCUGUGACGGUGGUGGCAGCUUUUGUUCUGCUGGCACCACCGCCACCGACACUGGAACAACGACCCCCACGACGCAAGCUGCUGAGGCUACCGGUACUGGAAACGCGCCAUCGUCGAGUAUCCCACCCAUCACCAUGGGCAGCAGUUCGAUCAUUGCGGCCGACUUGAACUCGUACGUCGAUUGGCAAGGCAACUGGCAGACGACAACAGGAUCAUGUGCGUCAGACGCAAGGGUCGCCACCUCAAACGUCAGCAUGUCGAUGAAGUGUAGUCCCGAUGUUGCGGGAUACGUCAUGUCCCUUUCUGUUCCCAAAGGUGCCAGCGUCAAGUUCAACAUUGACGGCGAGGACUACACGUACGGAUGGGGCAACCUCAAGACGCCGCUGGGCACGUACCAAAACUGCAACAUUACCUAUGCGUACGCCUUUGAGAACACCCAGGACCACGUCUGCACCCUCGACAUUGGGAUGGCAAGCAGCACGGACCAGUCAAGCGCAAUGCAGGUCAACGCAGUCGUCGCGUUCAAGAACGUGGCCGACAUGCAGAGCUACCUCAACGCCGCACAGAGUGAAGAUUCCUCGUCCUCUGCCUGGUCAUCUGCCACAUCGGGGUCAUCUGCCACCUCGACGUCGGCGGCCAAGACGUCGGCGACCAGCCAGGCUAGCGGUGCCGUGCUUCGUGCCGGCAUCAACGUCCGGAGCGCGGCCGUCGUCGCAUGUGCCGCUGUCCUCUUUGUGUCGGCUUUCUAG